UUCGCGCUCUUUCUGACAAUCGACACCCGCCGAUGAUCCCGGAGCCCCAGCUCGACGCCGCUCACGCGUGGAUUUCCCGCGAACCGGAGUCUCGCUCGCGGACCGAUGCCGAUCAUGCCGUGAUGUUGCCGCGCUCGCGGACGCAUCACGCGUUUUUGUGAAUGAGGUAGAUGAAGACGAUGAAGAUGAUGAUGGAGAGGAGCGGGACUCUUCUCAGACUCACCGUGCUCGUGUUUAUCGCCGGUUCGAGCGGGAUGCCGCACGUGCUCAGAUUCGGUGGUAUAUUCGAGUCGAUAGAGAGCGGCCCCUCAGGACCGGAGGAACUGGCCUUUAAAUUUGCACUGAACACCAUUAACAGAAACCGAACGCUCCUGCCCAACACAACCCUCACGUACGACAUCCAGAGAAUCAACGUCUUCGACAGUUUCGAGGCCUCCAGGAAAGCUUGCGAGCAGCUCUCCCUGGGCGUGGCGGCGAUCUUCGGCCCCUCCCACAGCACGUCAGCCAAUGCGGUGCAGUCGAUCUCUAACGCUCUGGGCGUCCCUCACAUUCAGACGCGCUGGAAGCAUCAGGUGUCUGACAACAGAGACGCGUAUUACGUCAGUCUGUACCCGGAUUUCUCCUCCCUCAGUCGCGCCAUAUUGGAUCUAGUGCACUUCUUCAGAUGGAAGAUGGUGACUGUGGUGUAUGAUGACAGCACCGGUCUGAUCCGUCUGCAGGAGCUCAUUAAAGCUCCGUCCAGAUACAACUUCCGUCUGAAGAUCCGACAGCUCGCCGCCGACACCAAGGACGCCAAACCUCUGCUGAAAGAGAUGAAGAAAGCCAAAGAGUUCCACGUUAUCUUCGACUGCAGUCACGAGAUGGCCGCGUGGAUCCUCAAACAGGCUCUUUCAAUGGGAAUGGUGACUGAAUACUACCAUUACAUCUUUACCACACUGGACCUGUUUGCUCUGGAUAUGGAGCCGUAUCGGUUCAGUGGAGUGAAUAUGACUGGAUUCCGUAUCCUGAACACGGAGAGUGCGCAGGUGUCGUCCAUCAUCGAGAAAUGGUCCAUGGAGCGACUGCAGGCGUCACCCAAACCCGACUCGGGCAUGCUGGAUGGCUUCAUGACGACGGACGCAGCUCUCAUGUAUGAUGCGAUUCACGUGGUCGCCGUUGCUGUUCAACAGUCGCCGCAGAUCACCGUCAGCUCACUGCAGUGUAACAGACACAAACCCUGGCGCUUCGGAGGACGAUUUAUCAACCUGAUUAAAGAGGCUUCAUGGGACGGACUGACGGGACGAAUUCUGUUCAACAAAACGAACGGCCUGAGAACAGAUUUUGACCUGGACGUGAUCAGUCUGAAAGAGAAUGGUCUCGAGAAGAUCGGGACGUGGGAUCCUCCUCAUGGCCUGAACAUGACGGAGAAUCACAAGAGCAAAAUCACCAACAUCACCGACUCACUGUCCAAUAAAUCACUGCGAGUGUCCACAAUACUGGAGGAGCCGUACGUUAUGUUUAAGAAGUCAGAUAAACCUCUGUACGGUAACGACCGCUUUGAGGGAUUCUGUGUGGAUCUGCUUCGGGAACUCUCCGGAAUCCUGGGGUUCCGGUACGAGAUCCGAUUAGUGGAGGACGGGAAGUACGGCGCGUUUGAGGAGAGCUUGGGCCAGUGGAACGGCAUGGUGCGCGAGCUCAUGGAUCAUAAAGCAGACCUGGCCGUGGCCCCGUUGACCAUCACGUAUGCCAGAGAGAAGGUGAUUGACUUCUCCAAACCCUACAUGACGCUGGGCAUCAGCAUCCUGUACCGCAAGCCCAACGGCACCAACCCCGGCGUGUUCUCCUUCCUCAACCCUCUGUCUCCGGAUAUCUGGAUGUAUAUUCUGCUGGCCUGCUUGGGUGUCAGUUGUGUGCUGUUUGUCAUAGCCAGAUUCAGUCCGUAUGAGUGGUAUAACCCUCACCCCUGUAACCCCGACUCAGACGUGGUGGAGAAUAACUUCACGCUGCUCAACAGCUUCUGGUUUGGUAUUGGAGCGCUCAUGCGGCAGGGUUCGGAGCUCAUGCCUAAAGCUCUCUCCACGAGGAUCGUUGGAGGAAUCUGGUGGUUUUUCACUCUCAUUAUUAUUUCAUCAUACACGGCAAACCUCGCAGCCUUCCUGACCGUAGAGCGGAUGGAGUCACCCAUCGAUUCAGCUGACGAUCUGGCAAAACAAACCAAGAUCCUGUAUGGUGUGGUGGAGGAUGGCGCCACCAUGACUUUCUUUAAGAAAACGAAGAUCUCUACGUAUGAUAAGAUGUGGGAGUUUAUGAACAGCCGUCGACAGUCCGUGUUGGUCAAGAGCGUAGAGGAGGGCAUCCAUCGAGUGCUCACGUCUGAUUACGCCUUCCUGAUGGAGUCCACCGCCAUCGAGUUCGUCACCCAGCGAAACUGUAACCUCACGCAGAUCGGAGGACUCAUCGACUCGAAGGCGUACGGUGUGGGAACGCCCAUGGGCUCUCCGUACCGGGACAAGAUCACCAUCGCCAUCCUGCAGCUCCAGGAGGAGGGGAAGCUGCACAUGAUGAAGGAGAAGUGGUGGAGAGGAAACGGCUGUCCCGAGGAGGAGAGUAAAGAGGCCAGCGCGCUCGGCGUGCAGAACAUCGGAGGGAUCUUCAUCGUUCUCGCCGCUGGUCUGGUGCUGUCCGUGUUCGUCGCCGUCGGGGAGGUGCUGUACAAAUCCAAACAGAACGCUCAGAUAGAGAAGCGUUCGUUCUGCAGCGCGAUGGUCGAGGAGCUCCGAGUGUCUAUGAAAUGCCAACGACGACGGAAACAGAAACCGCAGCCGCCCGCCAUCGUCAAAACGGAGGAAGUUAUAAACAUGCAUACCUUUAACGACAGGAGACUCCCGGGGAAAGAGACGAUGGCGUAAAACGCCCACUGGGGCGGCGCUAGAGAGGCCAGGACAGGAUCUAUCCCAUAAUGCCUCUAAAUCCCGCUGGACUCCUGUAACGCUCGUCCCAGCGACGGACACAAACAUGUUUCCUGUGGAAAUCCGGAUGAGCGAGCGAGUCAGAAACACGUCUGUCGCAGAGCAGCAGCAGUUUAUUGGCGGAGAUCUCGAGUCCCGAACCACAGAGACGUGUGAUGAUGCGCUUGUGUCUCUGUCCUGCUGGACCAAUCAAUGUAAAGAAACAUCACACAAUAAACCUUGUUUACUUUUGCGUUACACUGUUUUGGUCAGACGUGUAGAAUGCUUUUGUUCCGUGAAACAGGAAGUAAAUGUUUGAAGCCCACUUCAUGUCUCGCUGUCUUUAUCGCUGUCUUCAAGAAAAGUCCAUUUCCAGCGAUAUUUCCACUUCUCUGAUUGGUGGAUCUCUCUUCAGGAUUGUGGGUAAUGUAGUUCUGCUCCGUGGAUUUGCCAAUUAAACAACUUCUUAAAAAACAAGUUUAAUUCAUACUCGCUUGGCUAAUAUAUGAUCAAUUACAAUUUAAUUAUGACCAAAACAAAUUAUAAUAAUUUUCCAUCAGUAAUUACCGGUGUUGAGUAAUCUGAUUACAAAUUACUCACUGUAAUCUAAUCAUUUUUUUAAUCAAAAAGUAGUGUAACAAUUUCAAUUAUUGUAAAGAGAUUACAGUUAAUGACUUUAAAUUAAGUUACUUUUCAGUACAUUACUUACGUUACAACAGUGUUGGGUGUAAUUGGAUUACAAAGUAAUUGCUAAAUGUAAUCUAAUUACUUUUCAAAGUUAAAAAAAGUAAUGUAACCAUUUCAAUUAUUGUAAUGAGAUUACA